ACCUCCUGACCUCUACAGAAUCGUACGAUAGACAUCCGACAUGGCGCUGCAAGAUUUCUCUCCGCUCCCCGUCCUCAUAGCCGCCUCUCUGGUCGCCCUGUCCGCUGUCAUAGCCGGAUACUUCUUCUCAAGCAAGAAGAAAGGUCCACCUAGGGCCUUACAGGAUCCAACCGUGAAGUAUCCCUUCAAACUCAUCGAUAAGGAGAUCGUGAGCCAUGAUACGCGUCGCUUUAGGUUCGCCCUCCCCUCCCCCGAACACGUACUGGGCUUGCCGAUCGGGCAGCAUAUCUACCUGAGCGCGCGCGUGGACGGGGAGCUGGUUAUCCGGCCCUACACGCCUGUAUCCAGCGACGACGACAAGGGAUAUUUCGACCUCGUCAUUAAGGUAUACUUCAAGAACGUCCACCCCAAGUUCCCAGCCGGCGGGAAGAUGUCUCAGUACCUGGAGAACAUGCAGCUGGGAGACUUCAUCGACGUGCGCGGGCCCAGUGGCCUGCUGGUCUACGACGGCUGUGGCCAGUUCAGCAUCAAGCCCGACAAGAAGUCGCCGGCGGUCCAGAAGACUGCGAAGAGCGUCGGGAUGAUUGCGGGCGGGACGGGGAUCACUCCGAUGCUCCAGCUGGUCCGUGAGGUGUUGAAGAACCCGGAGGACGAGACAAACCUGUAUCUCCUGUUCGCCAACCAGACCGAGAAGGACAUCCUGCUACGUCCUGAGUUAGAGGAGCUGGCGGAACAGUACAAGGACAGGUUCAAGCUGUGGUACACCCUGGACCGUCCUGAGGAGGGUUGGAAGUACAGCGAAGGGUUCGUGGAUGACGUGAUGCUGGGGGAACACAUGCCACCGCCCGGGGACGACACCCUGGUCCUCAUGUGCGGACCUCCGCCCAUGGUCAAGUUUGCCUGUCUACCCAACCUGGACAAGCUAGGAUACACCUCCGAUCGACGCUUCGCUUACUGAUGAUGCCAGCCAGUGUUCUAGCCAGCGUACGGCUUUCUGAAAAUUUUCCCCGAUCCGUUAUCUUUGACAGACAAAAUUAAAUUGGUGUGUAAAGAUAUAGAAAGAGAUUUCAUUAGAUUAAGCUGCUGUCAAGUCUACCAGCAAAAUUUGACAUCGGUGUAAUAGGUAUAUGAAUGAGUAUCUGAAU